AUGGUGAGAGCUGCCCCCGUACCAAGAGAAAUGAACAACUCAGUGCUGACCAUCGCCAUCUUCCGCAACAACGCCACCAUGCUUGGUGCCGUCUUUGCCGGUGCCUUUGCAUUCAACAUGGGCUACGACACUGUCAUGAACAAGGUCUGGGACCACCACAACCGGGGGCGCCAAUGGAAGGACAUCCGCCACAAGUACGCCGAGUCUGAGGACGACGAGUAA